AUGGCCCCAGCUGGAGGCCAACAGGUCCGGCCUGAAGCUGAACCUCAUCCUUUCUUUGGCCCUGACCCUAAACCUGCCUCUGAUCUUUACCAUGUCUCUGAGCCUGACACGCUGACCCUCAUCGAGAACAUGACCCUGAUUAUGAGCCUCACAUUGAAUGAGAUCCUCAACCUGACUUUGACUCUGGUUUUCACUCUGACAGAACAUGACCCGAUGUUUGUCCUCACUCUUGACAUGACUCAUACAUGGAAUCUCACCCUGACUCUGACAGUGACCUUGAUCCUCAACCUGACCCUCACCCUGACCAUCACCUUGACACUGAUCCUUAAAUCUACACUCGCCGUCACUUGGCCCUAUAUCAGACCUUCUCUUCUCCCUCAUCCUAACACUAAUCCCUUCCCUGACCAUGACCCUCAAGUCAGGGGACCACCAACCUUCUCGGGCUGUUCGCAGGCAUUUGCUGCCAUCGGAGAUUACAAUGAACGUAUCAGUCUGGAUGUUAACUGCUCUAAGGAGGUAGCCACUGCCAUCCAUGGGGCCAUCAUCCUGGCCAUGUUUUCUGUUGUCCCCGUGUGGCGAGGCUCCUGGGGGAACAAGACUGGCAAGCCCCACACUGUCCCAUGCAAGGUGACCGGCCGCUGUGGCUCUGUGCUAGUUCCCCUCAUCCUCAUCCCCAGAGGCCCUGGCAUUAUCUCAGCCCCUAUGCCCAAGAAGCUGAUGCUGAUGGCUGGCACUGAAGACUGCUACACCUCAGCCAGGAGCAGCAUUGCCACGCUGGGCAACUUCACCACAGUCACUUUUGGUGCCAUUCCCAAGACCUACAUCUAUCUCCCUCACCUCUGGAAAGAGACUAAGUUCACCAAGUCUCUCUAUCAGGAAUCCACCGACCGUCUUGUAAAGAUCCACACCCCGGUCUCCAGGCAGGGGUACGGCCACCACCUAGUUUUAUACAAGAAAAAUGAAGUGAAUUAG